AUGGAGACAACAAAAGUCUUCAGCACUGAAGAACUUGAAAAGGCAACCGACAGUUACAACAAAAGUAGAGUCCUUGGCCAAGGAGGCUGCGGUGUUGUUUAUAAAGGAAUAUUGUCAGAUAGUAGAGUGGUUGCGAUUAAAAAGUCCAAAAUUGGGGAUCAAAGCCAGAUUGAACAAUUCAUAAAUGAGGUGAUUGUGCUUACUCAAAUCAACCAUAGAAAUGUUGUUAAACUAUUAGGUUGUUGUUUGGAAACAGAAGUGCCCAUGCUAGUUUAUGAAUUCAUCACAAAUGGGACACUUUCUAAUCAUCUUCAUGAUAAAAGUCAGUCAUCCUUACUCUCAUGGGACAAACGUCUUAAGAUAGCAACAGAAACUGCAGGCGCCCUUGCAUACUUACAUUAUGAAGCUUCUAUGCCAAUUAUACACCGAGAUGUAAAAACUGCAAAUAUACUUUUGGAUGAAAACCACACAACAAAAGUAUCAGACUUUGGAGCUUCAAGAAUCAUUCCUCUUGAUCAAACACAAUUAACUACUUUGGUGCAAGGAACGUUUGGGUAUUUGGACCCAGAAUACUUUCAUACUAGUCAUUUGACAGACAAAAGUGACGUCUACAGUUUUGGUAUUGUUUUAGCAGAGUUAUUGACAGGCAAAAAUGUUAUUUCUUUCGAUAGGCCUGAGAGUGAGAGAAAUCUAGCAACGUACUUUGUUUCGAUGGUAAAAGAGGAUCGUUUAGUAGAAGUUCUUGAUGACAACAUUCACAAUGGAAGUAAUGUUGAGGAACUAAAAAAAGUUGCUAAUGUUGCAAAAAGAUGCCUAAGUGUUAAAGGAGAUGAUAGGCCUACUAUGAAGGAGGUGGCGGUGGAGCUGGAUGAAUUGAGAGUUCAAGGAAAGCAAGUAAGGAAGGAAGCUAAUUUCAACAUAGAAGAGAGUGAGUAUUCGCUUAGUGCAUUAGCACACUCUUUAAGCAUUGAUGUUGGGGUUGGCUAUUCUUCCACAAGUGCCACUGAUAGCAUGGGAAAUCAAGCACUAAAACCAACAGAUGAUGGUAGAUAA